AUGCGGGACACGGAACACGGGACCAUGCGGGACACGGGACCAUGCGGGACAGGCGACACGGGAUACGGGACCAUGCGGGACAGGGGACACGGAACACGGGACCCUGCGGGACAGGGGAUACGGGACAAUGCGGGACACGGAACACGGGACCAUGCGGGACACGGGACCAUGCGGGACAGGCGACACGGGAUACGGGACCAUGGCGGGGAGGCAGCGUCCGACAAGUUGUUAAAUGGAGUUUAUGGCUUCCCCCCGCCCGAGCCGGGGCUGAUCCGGCCCCGGGGCUCGCAGUGGCUCCCGGGGGGGCUGGGGCAGAUCCGGCUCCCCCGAGCCCCGGGAGCGGGCGGGUGCGGGCCGGCGGCGCUGCCCAGACUGACCGCCUUACCUGAGCGGCAGUCUGGCGCUCUGAAAAGGAAGCUCCAGUCACCACGUGGAAACCCACCCGUGAAACGCAAGUGUAAAUUAUCCAUAAACACCUUGAGGAAGGGUGCCACGGAGGCUGACAGGAGGGAGGAGGCAAGCUCAUCACAAAAACCUGCUCCUAAGAAGCAGCUGACUGGCAAACAAAAUGAAAGCCAGAAGAGCAGACCUUUCAUUAAGACGUCCAGCCUGUUUAAAAACAACCCAGACAUCCCAGAAAUUCACAGAAUAGAAGUGCAGCAGCCGCAAGAAAAUAUUUUCACUACAGAUUCCUUCAGCCAGCUGGACCUCCACCCACAUCUGAUCUCCACGAUAAACAAUGUCCUAAACAUAUGUAGCAUGACCAGUGUUCAGAAGCAAACGAUUCCUGUGCUCCUGCAAGGCAGAGAUGCCCUGGUGAGAUCUCAGACUGGUUCAGGUAAAACUCUUGCCUAUGGAAUUCCACUUGUGCAGUCUUUGCAAGGAAUGGAGUGCAAAGUACAGCGCAGUGAUGGCCCCUACGCACUCGUGCUUGUCCCAACCAGGGAGCUUGCACUCCAAAGUUUUGAUACAAUCCAGAAACUACUUAAGCCAUUUACCUGGAUUGUGCCUGGAGUGCUAAUGGGGGGAGAAAAGAGAAAAUCAGAAAAAGCCAGAUUACGGAAAGGGAUAAAUAUCCUCAUUUCCACUCCUGGCCGCCUGGUUGAUCACAUCAAGUCCACAGAAUGCAUUCAUUUCCGUCGCACUCAGUGGCUGAUCAUUGAUGAAGCAGACAGGAUCCUGGACCUGGGCUUUGAGAAGGAUGUGGCUGUCAUACUCAAUGCUUUAAAUGCUGAGAGAGACACACGUCAGAAUGUGCUGCUCUCAGCCACCCUCACUGAAGGAGUGACACGCCUGGCCGAUAUCAGCUUGAACGACCCCAUCAGCAUUUCCAUAGCAGAUGAAAUCCAGAAGCUGCCUGAACCAGCAUCACAAACAGAUAGGGAAGCCAGCAGUUCAUCCAACUGCAUGGAGCAGGAGAACUUUGCUGUUCCAGAGACACUCCAGCAGUAUGUCAUGGUGGUCCCCAGCAAACUGAGGCUUGUCACGUUAGCAGCUUUUAUCCUGCAGAAAUGCAAGUUUGAAAAGCACCACAAGAUGAUCGUCUUUUUCUCCAGCUGUGAACAAGUGGAAUUCUACCAUGAGCUCCUUGGAAAGGUCCUUUCAGGAGGGUCAGAGUCAGAACAACCUGGACAUUCAUCCCUCUCCUCUGUGAACUUACAGUUUCUACGUCUGCACGGUGACAUGGAACAGGAAGAAAGGACAGAGGUCUUCCAGGAGUUCCUAAAAUCUAAGACUGGCAUCUUGCUUUGCACUGAUGUAGCAGCACGGGGACUGGACCUGCCUCAGGUGACGUGGAUCGUACAGUACAACGCCCCGGCUUCACCUGCGGAGUACAUCCACCGGAUCGGGAGGACGGCGCGCAUCGGCUGCCGCGGGAGCAGCCUGCUCGUGCUGGCGCCUUCCCGGAUCGGGAGGCCGGCGCGCAUCGGCUGCCGCGGGAGCAGCCUGCUCGUGCUGGCGCCUUCCGAGGCAGGAUAUGUCAGCUUGCUGGCUUCUCACAAGAUUAAUGUUUCAGAGCUGAAGAUGGAGAAGGUGUUAGCCAGCCUGAUGAAAGAUGAUCGCUUCAAGUUGCACAGGCCAGGAAGGAAGAAAUCCUGUGGCAAGAACCCUCAGGAAGUCCGGGAGAGAGCCACAGUCCUGCAGACAAAAUUUGAAAAUCACGUCCACUCCAGCGAGGAGACUGUCCAGUGGGCAAAGAAAGCACUGCAGUCUUUCCUUUGUGCCUAUACCACCUAUCCCAAGGAACUCAAGCACAUCUUCCACAUCAAAUCUCUCCACCUGGGUCAUGUGGCCAAGAGCUUUGGACUGAGAGAUGCCCCCCAGAACCUGACUGCUCUCCCAGCUGCAGGCUCCAAGAGGAAAACCAAGCCAACACCAAAAAGGUCUGACCUGCUGAAGAAGACCCACGGCAAGCGGCGCCUUGCUGAGAUCCUGCGCUCUGAAUAUUCCAGUGGGAUGGACACUGCUGGAGCCAAGGUCAAGAAGAAGAAGAAGAGGAGAAAGCAGAGAAAAGCUGGCAUCCAGCAGAUUCCAACAUAAGCCAGGCCUUUCCAGUCAUUGGCUGUAAAAGCUGCUGGAGUGCCUCAGCCGGGGGGCAGGGUGACCUGCCAAAUCAGCUGAGGAGUGUUUCAAUUUAUCAGGCAAAUGUGGGAGGGAUCCUGGGGAUCUUGGCCUCCUCCCCUUCAUUCCAUAGGUCCAAGAGGAAUGGAAUCUAGGCGUGUCCUGUGGUACUGCUGCAAUUGAAUGUGGCCUCCUGGAGAUGUGCCGUGUUCCUGAGGUGGUUUUUUA